AUGACAAAAACAGAAAAUCCUAAUGGAGGCUCAACUCAGAUCAAGGGUCAAUACGUGACCCUGGAGCUCAUCAAUCAAUCGCACAUUGCGUCGCUGUUCAAAUAUCUCGGUUUUCCAGACAACAAACAAAUUGUCGACUAUGUGCAGGGAUUUCCAUACGUCGAAAAUGAAGAAGAGCUCGCCAACCACCUUUUUGGCUCUUUGCGCGAACAUCCAGACCUCACUAUCUAUGUCAUAAAAGCAUGCGAGGCUCAGCUAGGCCCACCGUCUUUGUCCGACAGCAAUUCCCACACGUCUGUUCUUGGAAUUUGUGGCUACCGGCUUGACCCGCCAGCCAACAUCGCCAAACUGGACGACAUUAUACAUUCUCCACUGCUGCAACGUACUUAUGCCGCCACAGAAGCACAAUACCUCAUGCAUCGUCAAUUGUUUGAAGGACUGCCAGUGGCAUACCGUAGGGUCUGGGUUGUUUCUAACUCAUUUAAUUUCAGAUCUCGGCAGUAUACGGAGCGGAUAGGUUACAAGUAUGAAGGGACCUUUCGCAAGGAUAAGAUUACCCGCUGGGGUACCACGCGAGACUCAGAUUGCCUGAGUAUGCUAGACGAAGAGUGGCCUAUCAACAAAAGAGUGUUGCUAAAGUGGCUAAAUUCGGCCAAUUUUGACACUUAUGGGAAACAGAUCAAGAAACUUGACGAAAUAAGAGCCCAGGAACUGUGA